AUGGACGAGCUCCGGUGCAACAGCCUGCGCUGCAGGAAGUCUCUCGCAGUCGAGGGCACGUGCGUCCGGCUCGACAUCGUCUCUGCAGGCGCCGUCGUGACGACUUGCUCGCACAUCUUCUGCAUCGAGUGCGCCAACGCCCUCUUCUCGACGCCGCAAGUGUGCCCGGCGUGCGAGACGUCCCUUCCCGACCUCGACGACGUCGCGCAGAUGACGUUCAACCCUCACGACUCGUGGAAGACGUCUAUCCUGUCGGGCAUGUCGCCGACGACCAUCCUCGACAUUGCGAGCCGGGCGCUCAACUUCUACACGUACCAGGUCCAACAAGAAGGAGCGUUCCAGGCGCUCAUCACGAAGAACGCGCAGGAGCGCAUCGCCGUUCUCGAGUCGCAGUGCAACACGAUCACGCGCGAUGCCCACGCCGAGAUCCGCCUGCUCAAGGACCGCGUCAAGGCGGCCGAGGAGGGCCUCGCGCUCGAGCGCCGUCGCGCGCACGAGCUCCAAGAGACGCACCGGGCCAACGCCAAGGCGUACACCAAGCUCAAGGCGCAGUACGACAAGGCCAAGCAGCGCGCGCUGCUGCAGCCCGGCGAGGCGGCGUCGUUCCCGGCGGCGCUGCACGGCGUCGGCGCUGGCAGCACCCCUGCGCACACGCCUCGCGUCGGCAGCACUGCCCGCCAGACGUUCGUCGCCGCCGGCGCGCACUCGGCGCAGCAGCACCAGCAGCAGUACCGCGCGUCGAGCACGCUCAGCCACGCGCCGCAGCAGAACGUCGGCGCGAGCUGGACGCCGCACGGGCCCUCGCACGGCGCCGGUUCUCCCUACGCGCCCUCGCACCUGUGGCACGCCCAGCAGCAGCCGUCGAGCCGCAGCCGCCGCACCCUCGUCCCCGAGCCACCGCUCCAGCAGCAGCACCCGUCGGCCGCGUCUGGCGCCGGUCGCUUCUCGAACGCGAGCGGGUCGGGCUCGGGAGGAGGGAGGACGCCGGGCAGCGCAGGGAGCGCCGGCAGCGGGGGAGGAGGAGGAGGGCAGCACAAGGGCGGAGCGUACAGGGCGUCGCCCGGCGGCAGCGGCGCAGGAGCGAGCGGCUUCCUUGGCCAGCCGUCGGCGGGCGGAGGAGGGUUCGGUGGCGGCGGUCGCGGAGGAUUCCGCCCUGCGCAGCCGCACUCGAGGCCGGGCGGGUGA